AUGUAAUAAUCAAUUCGAAAUCUAUUAAGCCCUUAAAAAAAAGAGCAAUAAUAAUAUAAAGAUUUAACAAAAGUUCGAAUAUAAGGAACUUAUAAUUAUUAUAUAGAUGUGUAAAUAAAGGGAAAUUCCUAAAACAGUUACUAAAAUAGCAAUAUAGCAAUAAAUAUUACGACUUCAAAUAAUUUAAAAAUAACAAUCCCAGCAACGUAUAAAUGGUAUAGAUAAAAAGAAGCAUCCAGGUGCUAUUUUUUACCGAAUAUUAAAAGUAAUACAUAUUAAUGUAGUGCUUAGGAUUUUGAUAGUAUUAUUAAAUGUGAAAUAUUUCCACAAGAUGAGGAAUUUUAAGGAGUCGCGACUGUCUUUUUUGGACCUGUCGAAUUGGAAAAUACUACAAAAUAAGCUAUUAUAAAUGCUUUAAGUAGUGAAAGCAGUAAAUUCUUAUGUUAUUUAGUGCAAAAUCAAAAUAAUUUGGGGAAAAUGGAUAUUUUAAUAGGAAAGGAAUACAUUAAAUUUGUACUAUAGAACGAAGAAAAUAUAAAAUUUAAGUUUUGGUUAGAUUUUCCAAAUAUAGAGAUUAAUGUAUAUGACGUUUUGAGAAAUAAUUUAAUUUUUUAAUUAUAAAAUGGAGAAGAAAAUAGUGAUAAAAUAAUGGAAUUUUUUUAAAAAAAUAAUAUUUUGUUUUAAUAGUGUGGAAAUGGAAAAAUUUAGGUUUAAAUUUAGUUAGAGUCGAGGUUUUAUAGAGAUGUAUUUUAUUUAAUUUUAAAAAGUUUUGCUACAAAAAGAUAUUUGAUUGAUUAAAAAAUUUUGUUUAAUUUGGAAAACUAAAUUGAUCAAGAAUGGGGAAUUAAUUAGCAUGAUUUAAUAAUAUAAUUUGAAGGAAUGAAAAGAGAAUUUGAUUAUAUAUCAUAAUUAAAUUAAGGUUUAUAAUAAGAUAAAGAAGAAUUAAUUAUUUAAAUAAAAAGAUUGGAGGAAGAUAUUAAUUAAACUAUAACUACUUAUACGUAAUUAAUUUAAUAGAGUAAAUAAGGAAACGAAUCUUUUUAAGUUGAAUAAAGUUUGCUUAAUUUUAAAGAGGAUAGGGGAUUAAAAAAAAAAGUAUAAAUUUUAGAAAAGGAAAAAAUUGAAUUUUAGAAAGAGAUUAAAAAUUUUAAUUCUGAAUUAAAUUUUUUAAGGGGAAUGGUUUUUUUAAAUGAUUCUGGUUAUUAAUAAGAAAAAACAAAUUCUCUAUAGAGAAUUUAGAUUUUGGGAAAUAAUUAGAAUAUAAACUAGGAAAAAUAAAUUUAAAUAUUAUAAUAAGAAUUAGAUAAAGCAAAAGUAUAAAUUUAGAAUUUUAAAUAAAAAAAUUUUGAGAAAAUAAUUUAGGAAUUAAAAAAUGAAAUAAAUAUGAAAGAUUAAAUUAUUAAAAAAAAUGAAAAAAAAUGCUUUGAUAAUAGUAAUAUGUCUUUUUUAAAUUAAACUUCAUUUUUUAUAGAUGAUAUUUAAAAUCAUAAUAAUUUUUAAAAUAAAAAAUAUUAAAUUUAAAUUGAAUAACUUUUAAUAGAAAAUAAUAAAUUAGUAGAAAAACUAAAACAAAAUUAAGGAUUUGAAAAAGAUAUGGAAACUUUAAAAAAAAUUAAUUUUAAACUUGCAAAUGAAUGUGCUGAUUUAAAUAUUGAAAAAAAAAGAUUUUAAGAAUAAAUUUCUAUUAUUUAAAAUAAUAAUAGUUUUUUAAAUAACUAAUAAUAAGAUAUUUCAUUUGUAAAUAUAUAAAACUAUAUAUAUAUAUAUAUAUAUAUAUAUAUAUAUAUAUAUAUAUAUAUAUAUUUUUAUUUUUUUAGAAUUAAAAAGAAAUUGAAAUUUUAUAAAUGA